CUGCUAUCAUACUAGGCGAAAGAACACACGUCAAACAACAAUGGCGACCUCUUAUGAACCCUUCAAUCAGACAUUCAAGGUUGCCUUGAUCCAGCUUUAUCCAAAGGCACUCGACCCAGAACACAACUUCACGGCCGCAGCAAAUCACAUCCGCGAUGCAGCUUCUCAAGGGGCUUCCCUCGCCGUCCUGCCCGAGUACCACCUGACAGGCUGGGUCCCGGACGACCCAAAGUUUACAGAACUCGCUCAGACGGCCUACUCCUACGUCCCUCGCUACCAGGAUCUCGCGCGCGAAUUGAAAAUCAACAUCGUCCCGGGCACGAUUGUGACCGUCGACCCUAACCUCCCCGCCCCCGGCGCCAGCAACGGUACCACCCCGACGAAGCCUAGGGCCCUGCUCAACAUCGCACCGUUCAUCUCGUACACCGGAGAACUGUUGGGGUCAUACACCAAGGCGAACCUCUGGAUCCCCGAACGCACAGUACUGACCUCGGGCCCUGACUCGACCCGACCAAACCACGCCGCGAGCCCCGUGUCUCACGAAGGACCACCGACCACGCCUCCCAACCCGCACUCGGUCAUCGAGACGCCGCUCGGUCCCGUCGGAAUAGUCAUCUGCUGGGACCUGGCUUUCCCCGAGGCUUUUCGUGCACUGGUCAGACAAGGUGCUAGAUUGAUUGUCAUACCUACCUUCUGGACCCGCGACGACCUCACCCCAGAAGCUCGGCGGUACGGUCCCGACGUCGACGUCAUGUUCCUCAAGAACGCACUCGUCACUCGGGCCUUCGAAAAUACUUGUGCCGUCAUCUUCUGCAACGUCGGGGGCCCCCCGGCGGAAGACUACGCCGGGCUCUCCCGCGUCGUUUUGCCCCUCGUGGGCCCCGUCGAGGGCGGAUUCGAGGACAGCACCCCCGGCAUGCGAAUCGUCGAGGUCGACAUGAAGACGGUCGACCUCGCCGAGCAGACUUACAAAAUCAGGGAAGACCUGGCCAGUCCGUCUUGGCAUUAUGGGUAUGAACUUCGGACUUGAUGAGACAAGAGAAAGAGAGCAAGGCAUUGGCAGGGCGAGGCGAGGCAAGCAAGCGUGUCGCGCAAACGUCAAAACCGGGGGGGUUUCCUUUCAAAACAACAAUCGGACCGAAAAGGAAGUCAAGUCAUGUGGGAGAGAGGGAGUGAAUGAGCGACAAUCGGCCGGGCAAGAAGCAGUCUGUGAAAACAACGAAAACUGGAGGGGAGACCAGUUCGUAUUUGUAGCUGUUUAUAUGUAAUUGAGUUCUUCGCUGGAAAUCUGCAAGUAAUCCUUGAAUGAAGC